UUCCUCCAGUUUCCCGUCUUCCUCGUCCCGUCACAUCCGCGCCCAAAGGAACACCCUCGCCUUCCUUGUUGGAUCCCCCUCCUUCCUGCUUGAAUUACAAGGCCCCCACGCAGUGUUCUUUCACUUGAUUAACCGUCUACCAUCACCUUGGUGUCUCUGGAGAGUCGAUCAGCUGACGAUAUUUCUACCGUAAUGGAAGCGCAGACCACCGAGUCUAGAGAACCAAGAGUGAUUCUUACAAACACCGAGAGCGGCGAUACCACUAUCACUCCCUCUCCUGCCGAGCCCCUCACUGCCUCUGUUCUGAGUCUUCGAUUUCCCAGACCGCAGGGAAGCGAGCUCGUUGCCAAGUGGGUUUCGAACAGCUCCGCGGACAUUCGUCAGCCCUCCGACAUGUCGGAUACCGGCAGCUUGGCCGAGUCGGCCUACGAAGUGAUCCAUGGCACCGACACUGAGAGUCAAGAUGAUCGCCUGACCGAGUCGACCUGCUCGCUCUCCCGUUCUCGACCGGAGGAUGUGCACAGCUUAGACGGGUCUACCGACCAUUACAAUACCGACUCGGAGGACGAGGCUGACCAGUUGUCACAUGCGUCAUCAAUCAAGUACGCCGAUCAAGCCCUGCAAAACCCAUCGACCCAGCUCGCUACAAGCGCCCUGGAGAAUGGUUCGUCCACUGAAGGACUGGGCCUCACCGUCCGUUCGAUCCAGUUGCGGGAGUCAGACGCCGACGACCCUGUUCUUGCUCAGAGCAUAUUCGCCAAGCAUGUCAUACGGGAGUUCAGCGAGGAAGAGUCCGCCGAAAUUGCGGAAAACCUAGCCCUGCCGAACGCACCGAGGCACUUGCUUGCCUCGAUCCGCCAAACCAUGUCCCAGUCCUACCUCUCCAUCCAAGAACCGUUGAGAAUCCUGUACGUUGGCCGGGCAGAGGCCCAAAGGGCCAUCGUGCUCAAGAUCUGUAGCGCUAUCUGGGCGUCACCACUUUCCAAGCAUCAGGACGACCUCCACCGCUACCGAGAAGGAAUAUACAAUAUAGUCCCCAUCUCUUCGUUCGGUCCUGAACCCGAGCUUGACCUGAUGGAAGCUUCACAGUUUCAGAUUAAGGUCGAACACUGCACCUCCGCCGAGGAAGUGACAUACCAAGGACCCCAGACCCCCGGUGAUGCCGCAUAUUCCAUCGUCAUUGAACAAGAAAAGGCCUACUUGUCCAUCGCUACCACAGAUGGUGCUAUCGUUGAACCGAAAUGGGACCUCCCUCACAUUGCAAUCUUCUACACCUGCGCGGACGAUUGCGAGGAAGACAGCGCGACAAGACAUGCGGCGUGGUCAUUCAUGCAACGUCACGGCGUGCCGUCCAUUUUCAUCGCGGAGCAGCAGGAGUUCCGCGACCCUUCUUGGGGGAUGUAUAUCGACGAGCACUCGGUCCACCUCUGCUUAGAGUCCCGAGACCCGGAGAAGCAAAUGUCUCCUUGGCGUUUUCCCGUGGACUUCGCGUCGUUUACGAACAUUGACGCCAGACAGUUGAACCGCAACCUAGCCUAUCUGACCAAGUUGGUGGAAGCUGAAGACAACACGGGUCGAAGCCCUGCACGGCCUACUGCGACACUGGAGCUACAACCGGAAGUGCGGGCUAGUUUGAAGAAAACGAGGCGAUCCCCAAGGUGGUCAUUCGAUACAUUGGAACUCGCUCGGUACUUCUGGUCUGUUUUCCCCGCCCUUUUGCUCCUUGCCGGACCAUUCUUCGCCCUCUCCAUGGUAGACUGGUUACGGCCGGGCGGACUCCCCCUCUUCCACCCAUCCUCUUCUGUGGGCAUCUGUGUGCCCUCGGAAACUUACCCGGGCUUCACGACAAGCCGAAGCCCAACGGUGACGACAUCUACAAAGACGGUUGUCAUCAACGUCACCUCAACGAAGACCGUCCAGGUUGGCCAGACGCAGACGUCAACUAGUACUUUGGCCUCUGCGCUGUCUCUUGCUGGAUUUCUGUCCGACAAGCCCUCGGCUGUGCCCACUGACAUCGAGGCCAAUAACAAAAAGUCUUCACACUCGGACAAAACAAUGUGCUCCAUACGCGUCUACAGCGCAACCGAGAUAUUGCUGGAGAUCCCGAGCAAGAACAAAGCUGUGUGGCUUGCAAAGGGCGCAAUUGAUAUCGCUGUCCGCCGCAACAACAACCCCCUCAAAAUCAGGAUAUCUUCGGUAGACGAGGGGCUUCUUGUCGGCCUUGAACCGAAGGACGCCAAUGGUGUGCUUAAUAUCACGGUGAUCACAAACCGCCGGCCUAGAAUAAACGAGACGUUCGAAGUUGACUUCGGCAAGUCGACAGUUGCCGAGGUUACCGAAGCCAUUGAGGCUGGCCUGCGCAUAUUACGAGAUGCUCUCAGGGACGCACCAUGGAUCGACGACGGAAAGCAGUUACUGCAAGAUGCGCGCAAGUUAGGCAAGGAGUUCACGUCAGCGUUCGGCCAAACAUCCGAUACUGCUCGACGUCGUACUGCCGAUGCAAUCGGGAAGGCUUGGGUGAAUGCGCGAGAACAAUUGGACCGUCAGCGUGAGGCUGCCAAUAUCUUCCGCGAGGAGUUCGACCUCUCAAUUCUUCAAGCCCAGAUUGCUUCCAGGCUAUGGUGGCUGAAGAUACAAGGGAAGGUAGAGGAGUACACCGAAUACAAACGAAACGCCUCUAAGUUUCUCCGGUUGCGGCAUAAGGAGCUCGCUAAGGACCAAGGGGCUAGGACUGGUUCACCCAGAGAGAUGAAGCCGUACAGCUGCUCUCGAGGGGGGUCGUAUGCACCCUGGAAAUCAAACUGUGGUAAACGGGACGCUGCCGAUGCAGCAUCGCCUCAGCAAGACGGCGCGUGGGAGAUCCCGUGGAGAAAGCUCAUGGGAGGAUCAUAGUCCCGGUUGUCGGCCUGAACAAACUAUUCGUUGCUUUCGGGUGGGUGGAUAUACGGAUUGGCACGCAGGUGUGAGCAAAGGGAUCCUGGCCCGCAACUGGACGGAUAGCCGCCCAGAAUUCGGGGUAAGGGGUAUGGAGUUUUGCUUUUGUGCUUGGGCUCGGUGUUACUACAUGUUCUAUCUAUCGCUUGGG